UCCAUUAAAUUUAAGAUAAUGGAAACUUUACUUGAACAACAGAGGAGGUAUCAUGAAGAAAAAGAAAGAUUGAUGGAUAUAAUUAUAACUGAAUCAUUAAAUCCUAAAAAUACAAUUAAAGACCAAAUUAAUUCAGAUCAUAGGAUAAAAUAUAUGCAAGAUAAGUUAAUAAAAGUUACGAAAGAGCUGAAAGAAUUAUAUGAAGAUAAAGAUGGAUUAAGGAAAGAAGAAAUUAAAGUUAUGUCAGGUCCAAAAGCCUUUGGACAAUUUUAUUCUCGUCUGAAAUUAAUUAAGGAUUUUUAUAAAAAUUAUCCUGCUGAAAUAGCAGUGCCAAUGUCUGUUGAAUAUCAAACAAUUUUACAAACUCUUGAUAACCCUAUUGAAACUGAUGUUAAUUUUACUGAUGAAGAGGGCAAAGGAAAAUAUUUAGAUUUACAUAAAGCUUUUGAAAUAUAUCUUAAUAUUAAAGGAAUACAACCAAUGGAUUAUGUCACAUUUAUAACAAAUUUCGACAAAUUUUUUGACAUCCCACUGGAACUUAAAAAAACCGAAUACCGAAAUUAUCUCGUCUUUUUGUUGGAAUAUUUUACGGAUUAUUGUAGCAAAGUUUAUCCUUUGUUGGAUGUUCAAACGGAACUAGGAAGUGUGAUGAAAAAUUUCGAGAUUGAAUGGAAUAAAGGAUCGUUUCCUGGAUGGCCUAUAAGUGAUCAAGACGACAAGCAAACGCUCGAUGACAUGAGUAUAGAUUUGAAUGCCUAUUCAUCACCGGAAGAACUUGCUUCUUUGGGAUUGGAUCGAUUGAAGGAUACAUUGAAAGCCCUAAAUUUGAAGUGUGGAGGAACUUUGGAAGAAAGAUCUAAACGUCUUUUUAGCGUGAAAGGCAAGAAGACCGAAGAUAUACCCGCAGCCUAUUUAGCGAAGGAUAAAAAGCACUCUGCUACUCUUAAAUUUAUGGACAAAGACUCCCAGAAAGAGAUGGCCAGUAUGGAGGCUAGAUUGUACUAUUUUGUGGAACUUUUUGGAGAACAAAAAGCCGAUAGCAAAGAGAACGUCCAACGCAAACAGGCCACGGGAGUCGGAGAAGCUGCCGGUUUUUAUGACGACGAUGAUGAAGCGGACGAUUUUGAAGAGAUUCACGACGAGGAAGGCCUUCUGGCUGAUGAUGACGACGGAACCCCCUACAACCCUAAGAAUUUGCCCUUAGAUUGGGACGGCAAGCCUAUCCCUUAUUGGUUGUAUAAAUUACACGGGUUGAACAUAAAUUACAACUGCGAAAUAUGCGGUAACCAAGUUUACAGAGGUCCAAAAGCUUUCCAGAGGCAUUUUUCAGAAUGGCGGCACGCACAUGGUAUGAGAUGCUUAGGUAUCCCCAAUACAGCCCACUUCGCAAACGUAACGCUUAUUGAAGACGCCAUAACUCUUUGGGAGAAAAUAAAGAAUCAGAAAGUCGUUGAAAGGUGGAAGCCUGAAUUGGAGGAAGAGUUUGAGGAUACGGAAGGAAAUGUUGUGAAUCGCAAAACUUACGAAGAUUUAAAAAGGCAGGAUUUGUUGUAGAUUAUGAAAAUAGAAUUUUUUUUACCUUGUUAAUUAUCUAUAUAAUAUAUAUAUUUUUUUUGUAAACAAAUAAUUUAAUGUAAAAUACCUUGUAAUUAUAAUCAUAAAUACAAAUAUAUAAUUAUUGUGAU